AUGAGCGCGGCACAGCGUCCGAGUCCGAGCAUUCAAAGCGCCAUUCAAAGUGGAGCUGAUGACGAAGCAGGGCAAACAACAAUCACAGCGCAUGAUUCGCUUGUUGUUGUUGUUGGCGAGACAGCAGCAGCACCGACCGCCACUCACCACCAGCAGCAACACCACUACCAGCAUCAGCAGCAUCAGCAGCAUCAAAGGACAGCAGGAGAAGCGACAGGUGAAGGAGCAACUGAUUUGCCAUAUCACACAACCCAAGUUAGGCGAAAUCUCUUCCCGUCGCCGGCUGCUGCUGCUGCUGAGGUCGAUGCUGCUGGGACGACUCCUCAACCGACCACUGCUCAACCUGCUGAUGCUGGGACGACUGCCAUCACUGCUGCUGCUGCUGCUGCUGCUGCUGUUCAGGACGAGCACGUGCAUCCGACGGGAAUCCGGCUCGGGCAGCUGCUGCAUUUGGUCGAGCGACACCGCGCAAGGCAGUGCGCACUCGACGCUCGGAGCCUGCCGCUGCUCAUCAAGCUGCUGCACUACUACUGGGAGGUCGUCCAGCCGCACCAGCCGCAGCUGAAACAACUGCUCUUUGCGCACAUUGUGGCGUACCGCGGAUUGCUCGAUCGGGAAAUGGCCGCCGCGAGCAUGCCGCAAGUCUCAGAAGUCCAGCAUUCCGAGGUGACUCACGCGCAGGAAGAACGACACCCGUCGUCGGAGGCCUCCAGCAAGACAGCCAGACACCUCGAUACUGACACGGACAGUGGCGACGAGUACGCAUUUGGCAGACCAGAGGAGCAGGAGGCCGACGACGACGACGACGACGACGACGACGACUCAGGGACGGACAGUGACGCGGUUGAAGAAGAGCAGAUUCCUUCCCAUCUGCGUCGCCGUCGACCCGGCCCCGAGCUUGCCUUCCAGACAUCGCUACUGACACCACCUCCGCAAUCGUCCGCAACUGCUGCUGCUGCUGCUGCUGCUUUUUUGGCGCAACAACAGUCUUCGUCCGUGCCCCGGUCGUUUUCGCCCGCCAUUUUCAACCCGACAGAUGCAGCAGAGCCCCCUCUGCUCGAGCAGCGCCCGCCGUCGCAAGGAGCAAGACUCCCGUCAGCCGGUGUCGAGUUUGAUGUCGGCGAAGCCAUCGACCCGGCCUUGCGCCAUGCUCGCAUGCAGGCCCGGCAAUCCUCGCUCACCGAGCAGUUGCAAGCUGCUGCCGCCUCUUCCCGACCGACCACUCCACUGGGCAUUCCGUCGCGCACUGGCACUCCGCUCGGGCUUCCGCAGCAGUCGGGGCAGCUGGGGUAUGACGCAACGACGCCAGGCGCUUCGUCGUCUGGGGUUGUUGAAAGCCUGCUCGUGAGCACUCCGUCGGAUUCCGAGUUUGUCCUGGUCGAUGGCUUGGAGUUUGGCCAGCAAGACACGUCUGCUGACGCUGGAUUGUCUGCAGGCGCUCCAGUCACACCGAAUGGUGCCUCGGCGUCCCCCUCCUCCUCCUCCUCCUCCUCCUCCUCCUCCUCAACAUCAUCCUCAGCAGUAUCAUCGUCUUCUGUACCGGUUCUCAUCCCGACAUCAUCGGACUCGCCGGCUGACUCGUUCGUCGACCAGUUUGUCGAGCUCGAGCCAUCUCCGUGCUACCCCGUGUUCCACCAAACGUCUCCGCUUCCCACCAUCCAAGACUCACUGCUGAUCGACGAAGACUGCUCUGCCCUUUCCCUCACCUCGCUCCUGACCAGCUUCGCGGCAGAGCAGACUGCAGCAGCCGCAUUGCUCGCAACCAUCGAUUCGACUCGGGAGCGCCUGGUGCGCGCCUCCGUCGACCAACCGGCUGCUGCCGAGAUGGAUCGCCUUGUGUCGCGCGCGGGCAACCGCGUUCUCUGCUUUGUCCCGAUGACUGGCGCCACCCCUCGCCACACUUCGCCGUCCAAGCAUCGGCAUUUGCGAGCCGCCUCCGUCGGCGAUUUGUCCUCGAGCUGGCCAGCUCGCGGCGGCGUGUUUGGUGCUGGUGGCACGAGUGGCAGCGGUGGCGCCGGAGGCAAGCUGCUGCGCGGAGUGGAGCGAGCAGAUCCCAUCGUCGAGCAGCCAGGGCAAGUUGCAGGCCAUUGCAGGAAGGCCAAGCACAUCACCAGCCCGAAAAUGCGCGCGUUUGGAGCGCUGUCAAUGACGCCUGAGAGCCACAACGCCCUCGUUGCAGCCGAAGAAGCUGCGGCCGCGGUGGUCGCCGUUGCCGUCAACAGUGGCCUGUCUCCGCCCUACCAAGCCGACGUCAUGGAUGCGCUCAGCCAGGAGCUUGCGCGUGCUCGCAUCGGCUCGGUGGAGCUCUCACCCAUCCCUAUGCGCCGCAACCGGCGUCGCACCUCGGACAGCAAUCUGUCUCCCAUGCUGCUGGCAUAGUUUUAUGAAUGGAGUGUCUCGGAGUGCCUUUGGAAUAUUGUAUGAUGGACAUGUACAAGUACAUGUGAUUGGGUAAAUAUUGUAUUUUUGAAAUGAAUCGACAACAACAACAACAACACCGACAACAG